AUGAGGACGGGUCAGCUGAACCACCCCGACCCCCAGCACCCUUACAACCUGCCAACAUGGCGCAAGCUGCUCAUGCUCGCCACCGUCUCGCUCACCGCCUUUGCGGCUAACGAGAUGGCCGCCGCCCAUCUCACUGCCUUCCCCGAAGUCGCAGAGAACUUCAAGGUCACCAUCGCCGCCACCGCCAACACCAUCGGCAUCGGUAUUCUCGGUCUCGGCACGGGUCCGCUGCUGUGGAACGCCAUCUCCGAGUCCGUGGGGCGACGUCCCGCUUACCUCCUCGCCUGGACGCUCUACAUUCCGUGCACUGUCUGGCUCUCGAGGGCAGGCAGCUUCAACAGCUUUGCUGCUGCCCGCUUCUUUGCCGGUUUCACCGGCUCCGUCUCGCAGACCGUGCCUGCCUCGCUCAUCUCCGAGACUUUCAUGCCUGAGCAUCGUGGUGCGGCCAUUGCUGCCUGGACGGUACUCCUUAUCGCUGGACCCGUCACGGCUCCUGUCAUCGGCGCAGGCAUUCUCACCAGGACCACCGAUUGGCGUUGGGUCUACUAUCUGACGUUGAUCCUGGCCGGUGCACUGUGGGUUUGCAUCCUGCUCUUCGUUCCCGAAACGCUGUACACCGCCAACCGCUCGGCACCCGCGGCUGCACACGAUGCCUCGACGCGCAUCGACGAUCUGGAGAAGAAGGACUCGCACUCGAUCGAACACGGCACUGCCACGCCGCCUCUCGGUGGCUCUGCAGGUGCGCUCGAGAGCGGUUCGCACGGCCGCAUCGGCGCCGCAUGGUACCCGUGGAAGGAGCCCGGGCGCUUCGUCGGCGAGAUCGUCGCUCCGCUCAAGAUGGCCAUGUACCUCCCGGUCAUCCUGCCUUCAAUCGUCUACGCGGUCAUCUUCAUGUGGUCGGUCGGCUUCACCGUGGUGAGCCCACAGGUGUUCCCGCGUCCUCCGUGGCACUUCACAAACGUCCAGGUCGGUCUUUCCUUCCUCGCCGCCGCCGUCGGUGCGCUGAUUGGCAAGUUCGCCGGUGGCUUCGUCAGUGACUCCACCGUCAACUUCUUUGUGCGCCGCAACUCGGGCUCGGCCGAUGGCCCGCGUGUGCCCGAGUACCGUCUCUGGGCGCUGCUGCCGCAGGUGCCGUUGCUCGUCAUCGGCCUGCUGCUCUACGGAAUUGGAUACCAGAAUAAGCUCGACUGGCCCGUCGAAGUGAUCGGCGGCAUCGGCGUCUACUACGUGGCCAACUCGGCGGCUGGUGGUAUUCUGCAGACGUACAUCAUCGAGACCUACUUUACCAAGGCGGUGCACGGCAUUGCGCUCUUCAACUUUGUCAAGUGCUGUCUGGCCUUCUCGGCGCCAUUCUUUGUGCCCGAGUGGUCGUUCGAAGGCUUCACAAAGGCGUUUGUCGUGCAGGCCGUCGUCACGGCAGCCGUCACCUUGGCCAUGCUGGUGGUGCUCAUCGCUUUCGGUGCGCGCAUCCGCAAGGCCCAGAAGAUGGUCUCCACCGCUUGA